AUGCGUCGACACGAGAGUACCAGGUCGAGGUCGACGUUGACCCGAAGCAAGUCCACAACCUCUGUUCGCUCAGCCAUCCAGAGACUGGAGCACAUCGAUCCAGUCACCGCCGAAAGAGACGCCCACAUCGCCGCUACCUUGUCCUUUGCACGCUCAGGGCUCGACCCGGGCACUGGAAUGGGAGCUUCGGUUUCUCGGCAUCACGCCCGCUCGGCCACCAUGAAUGCCCGGCCAGCGGCCAUUGUCAGCCACGACCGACCCCAGAGCGAAAGGGGCUCCCAAGGCUACCACGAGAAUGGCCUACGUCGCCAAAACAGUGUUCGUUUCGCUAUACGAGAACCUCGAUCGAAGCGACCGCAGACUCAACUUAGCAACGAUGACUCCUCAGAAACGGGAACCGUUCGACGUCGAAGCGUUCUCAAAAAUGUGGGAAAUUGUCCCCUUGGCCAGGCUUCUGACAAAGUCGAACGCCCAUUCGUGAGUACUUACACCACCAGCUACAUCGAUUCACUACCUCCAGUGGAGUCAUUCGGGUCACCGGACGAAUGCGGACCACCUCCGGCAUCAUAUCGAAGGUUGCGUAAAUCCCGAUCAAUGUUCGCCCCCUCGAACCCAAACUCCAAGACCAGCCACUCUUUCAAGGAAUGUUCGGAGCAGCCGAGUCCACAGCCAUCGUUACGACGGAAAUCCAUGCAGAACAUGAAGGGAAACAGCCAUUUGUCGAAGACGUUGGGGCUUCGCGCACCAAAAUCGACCAGCUUCCUGAAGGUUCGCGGCGCUGGGAAUGGUUCUAGCAUCGGUACUCGGGAACAGAAUGACUUAGUGGUUCAGGAGGCCGAAGACAAUUUUCGCAGAGACGUUGAAAACCAACAACACUUGAGGCCGCGGUCGUCGAUUUUCUUCUCGAAGACGAAGAAAAGCCGGAGUCCCUUGGGGCUGCGUAAAUCCAUGAGAGACAACAGUUACGAUACCCACUUCGACGGGUCCGCAAACGUCCUGACCGUCAGCAAGGACGCCUCCCUGAGGAGAAAGGCUCGGAAGGUCUCCAGCAGCCUCAAAACCAAGCUCAAGGAAAUCUUUAGGCGCAGUAAGAAAGAAGAUUCGAUAACUCCAGCAAACGAAGCAGAGCCAGCAGUUGUGGCCGAAGAUCAAGGCGGCGUUGAAACCGAACAGGACGACCCAUACAUGGAUAUCGUCGAUCCAGUUCUGACGGAUGAGUGCUCUAUUUCGCAGGUACCUUCGCGAGUUCCUUCCCUGCAUAAUGCCUCCUCGGCUCAAAGACUCCGUUCUCGGCAGGGAAGUAUAGAGAGUAUCGGAAGCGAAAUGAAGGUGUCGGAUGAAAAGUCGCGUGUGACCAGCUGGACUAGCUCAGGAACCCAUACUCUCAACAGCCAAAGCACAUGGGGUGGCGAGCGUGAUCGACAACGCCUAUCCAUCAUCAAGGAGAACGGCCCUCAUCAGUCGUCCUCCUCCUUUAGGCGGCCAAGCAGAGGAGACCGCAAUCCCUACGAGUUCGGAUCGCUAUCUCCGCCUCCGCCGAGCGUACCAGUCCACUCUGGUCCAUCAGUCGAUAGCGCCAGAGUCUAUUCUGCACUCAUGACCCGCUUGAACGAAGCCAAGCAGAGGCAACAGGAGAGGGAAUCGCGAAAGCGCAAUAGUGGGGACUGGAGCUCGGAAAGGCUCGGGUCAGUUCGUCUGUCAAAGUCCGACGACGAGGAAGGCAUCGAAGAAGACGGGCGACAGAAACCACCCACCAUUAGAUGUGUGCUCCACGAGGACGACGUGUUUCGAGACAGUCCGUGGGAGCAGCAGCCGUCACAAGAGGCCGAUGAUACCGAAAUCGUCAACCUUGCUGAAAAUAAUGCCGCAUCAGCUUCUGGCAGUGUGGUUCAUCACCGCCAGGAAUUCGAAUCAGAGACGACCCUCACUUCUUACAAAAGUUACCCAAGAUUUGGUACUAGUAACGGAAAGGAGCUCUCAUCCUCAUGGUCACAGAAGGCACACAGUGAAGACACCACGAUUGCUCCGAAAACCUUGUCUACUCGACGUUCUGCCUUCUUCGGCAGCCCGACCUGUCACCUCUUUCGGACAACGAGUCCAUACCGCAAAGCAUUGCAAGCAUCAAUCAAGGAAAGCGCAUCAGGACCCGCUGAGGCGCGCUCGCCAACGGCUUCAAGUCUGAACCUAGACAUAAUUCCUUUGAAGCGUCGCCCGAGUUUCUCUAAGGAAGAUCCGCGCCUUGCUUACUCUGAAAGCAUCUACUCCGACGAGCUCCUCACGCCGCCAAGCAUCCCACAGCUUGUGAGCACGCCAUCUGGACUGGUUGUCCCGCACCGGGACCCUAGUCACCAGGCAACUCAUGUAGAUCUCAGGAAUACUUCUUCUGCGACCGCAUUGUCGGACGCUGUUGUCGAGCAUGGUCCGGAUAGGGCACCUCUCAUGUUUGCCCGUGACGAUGACACUGCGAGUACUCGAUGGGCACCAUCUGGCCCCGGAGAGUUUACAAGCAUGAUGCAGGCGGAUCGAACAGUAUCAAACGCGAGCUCAGUUGAGUGGAAGACGUGGCUCUCUGCCAACGCGUCGAAGACUGAUGCCAAUCUGGCCAACGCCCGGGCGCACAACAUGCGGGAGGCUCAACACCCAAAAACAGAUGCGCUUAGGACAUUGGGCCAUGUGCGCGAGGGUGCAGAGGUUGAGGAGUCGCAGUCCCCAGUCUCGUACAAGCCAACAGAUGGCGAGAAGAGCAGAUUGCAGACACCGCUGAGGGCGAUGAGUCAUAACUCUCGGCAGACAUCUUCUACCAGUCGAAUCGAGCUCGGCGUCAAGACACAUAUCUUGAGAAGGAGCAGAGAUGAGAACGCAGCUCCCCUGUCAGAUGUGCGCAUUUCGAAGCACAUUCGUGGCAUCUACGGUCCUCCUCCAAUCCCGCCACGGAGCUCUUUGAGAUCCACUCCUUCGAUGGCUCUAAUGCAACCCCGGUCUUCUCAAAGCAACAUCCCCAUCAAGUCUGUCGACAGCAAGAACUCAAAGAUGCGCAGUCUUGGCACAAUAUUGAAACUACAGUCAGCUGAUGUAUCCUCAAGUCCAAACAGUCGGUCUCCCAUUAAAGCGGCCAGGUACAACGGACUACACAACGGGCUCCAGUCAUCAACGUCCAGUCCUGGACUUACCAUGGCCGUUGAGAAACAAUUCGGCCCCAUGCUUGCCGGCGAAGAACCGUCUAGAGGCUCCCCGAGGGAAAGGAGGAGUUCCAUGCGCCGCCGCCUAUUGAACUCCAGCGAUAGCGAGAUAGCCGAUAGAUCUGAUUCAGUGAGCCUGGACGACUGGCGGCCACAUUCGGGAGGGGGUAAACAGAUUCUCGAGGAUUUCUUGAGCAGCAGACGGCAAGUCUCUGUCGCUAGCAAUGAUUCAGUAGCCUUUCUGUGA